AUGGCCGACCUCGAAGCGUCCAUAGAACACCUACGGGAGGCUGUUGAGCAAACAGCAGAAGGUCACCCUGACCGCGUUGAGUAUUUGAACGACCUUGGGAGUCAGCUUGAAGAUCGAUACUCAAGGACAUGGGCAUUGGCCGACCUUGAUGAGGCCAUCCAGGUUUGGCGCGAAGCAGUCCGCGCAGCACCAGUAAAUUACCCUGAGCACGCCACGUACUUGGACAAACUAGCGGGUCAGCUUGGGGUUCGGUACUCAAAGACAGGGGCGUUAGCUGACCUUGAAGAGUCUAUCCAACUCGAACGAGAAGCUGUCAACAAAACACCAGAAGAUCACCCUGAUCAUGCCAUGUUCUUAGACAAUCUAGGAAUUCAGCUUAGGGUCCGAUAUUCAAGGACAGGAACUUUAAAAGACCUUGAAGAGUCCAUCCAACUUGGACAGAAAGUUGUUAACACAACAUCAAAAGAUCACCCUGACCGUGCCAUGUUUUUGAACAACCUUGGAGUUCGGCUUAGAAACAAAUACUUAAGGACAGGUUCAAUGACCGACCUUGAAGCGUCCGUCCAGGUUUGGCAGGAGGCAGUCAAUACAGCAACAGAAGAUGACCCUGACCGCGCCCUUAUUUUGAGCAACCUAGCGGGUCAGCUAGGGGUCCGAUAUUCACGAACAGGGACGUUGGCUGACCUCGAAGAGUCUAUUCAACUUGGACGGGAAGCUGUCAAUACAACAACCGAAGAUCACCCUGAUCGUGCUAUGUUUUUGAAUAACCUUGGAAUUCGGCUUUCAGACCGAUAUUCAAGAAUAGGGGCAAUGGCUGACCUUGAAGAGGCCAUCCGGGUUUGGCGUGAAGCAGUCAAUGCGGCAACAGAAGAUGACCCUGACCGCACCCUCCUUUUAGGUAACCUGGCAUGUCAGCUUAAGGACCGAUAUACAAGAACAGGGGCGUUGGCUGACCUUGAAGAGUCUAUCCAACUUGGACGGGAUGUUGUUGACACAUUACCAGGAGGUCACCCUAGUCGCGCAAUGCAUCUGAACAACCUUGAAGUUCGGCUGUCAGACCGAUAUUCAAAAUUCGGGGCAAUUGCUGACCUUGAAGAGGCCAUCCAACUUGGACGCGAAGCUGUUCAGACAACACCAGAAAGCCACCCUAACUACACCAUGUAUUUGAAUAAUCUUGGCACCCUUUUGGGGGACCGAUUUGCAAGGAUAGGAGCAAUGGCUGACAUUGAAGAAUCUAUUAAAAUAGGACGACAGGUUAUUAAAGCAGCGCCAGAAGAUCAUCCUCGCAAGGCUAGUUGGUUGAAAAGCCUUGCAGACCAACUACGGCACCGUUACUCAAUCACAGGGGCGACAGCAGAUCUUUAUGAGGCUAUAUCAUAUCAGGAGACUGCUUUACAUCAAGAGAAUGCUUUUCUUAGCACUCGGAUUUCAGCUGGCAAAAAUGCCCUUCAGAAUCUUGCUAUCCUCUCCAACUGGCAGCAAGCUUAUAAAUCUGCUGAUACUGCUGUUCAUUUAAUACCUCGGCUAGCAAUGCGAUCGCUUGAGAACUCUGAUAAGCAAUAUUUGCUUGGUGCAAUGGUGGGCUUUGCUUCUGAUGCCGCAGCUGUGGCACUCAACGCACAAAAAGGAGCCGUUGUUGCAUUGGAUUUACUUGAAUUGGGUCGUGGUGUGCUUGCAGCAUCUCUCGACGAGAUCCGAGUAGAUACUGAAGAUCUUCAGCAUAAGCACCCUGUCAUGGCUGAGAGGUUUGUACAGCUGCAGGCUCAAGCACGUCAGAAUGUUGAGGCUGAAAGGGAGCUGGACAAUCUAAUCAUGAAUAUCCAAAGUCAGCCUGGGUUUAACAACUUCUUAAAAGCACCAAGCGAAGAAGAGAUAUUACAUGCUGCGCAGAAAGGUCCCAUUAUUACUAUAAAUAUCAGCCAGUAUCGCUGUGAUGCUAUCAUUGUUGAGCAUCACAGGAUAUCUUCUUUGCCUCUACCCAAGCUCAUCAUUGCCGAUAUUACAGAGAAAGCAAGGUGGGAUGAUUUAGGAAGCCCUCAAGUUCUUGAAUGGCUGUGGGAUACGACUAUGGAACCGAUUCUAGAAGUACUAGGGUUUAUCCAGUCACCAUCUAACCGCGAAUGGCCACAUGUAUGGUGGAUCCCUACAGGUCCUUUAGCCAAAUUUCCUCUGCAUGCAGCUGGAUAUCACAGCCAGGGCAAUUCCAAAACCGUGCUUGAUCGGGUCAUGUCGUCUUACAGCUCGUCUAUUAAAGCCAUCAUACGUGGCCGCCAACGCCUAGCAACAGAGUCUUUACCAUUUGCACUUUUAUUGUCCAUGCAGGAUACGCCAGGGAAUGGAUACCUUCCAUUUGCCGCUGAGGAAGUACAAAUACUCUGUGAUAUGUGCAAAUUAAUGGCUCUUCACACAAUCCAACCAAGGCGGCGCGAACAUGAUAUUAUAGGCCACAUGCGAGUAUGCCAGAUCUUCCACUUUGCUGGCCAUGGCUACACAAGUCAUACCGAUCCAUCUCAAAGUCGAUUGAUCUUAUGGGACGGUGAUGACGAUUCUCUCACAGUAGGCAGUCUCCUCAAGAUGAACCUCCACAAGAAUCCGCCGUUUCUUGCGUACCUCUCAGCUUGCGGGACCGGCCAGAUCAAAGACGAUAAAUUAAUUGAUGAGAGUAUUCACUUGACCAGCGCCUUCCAGCUGGCGGGGUUUCGACAUGUUAUUGGCACUUUAUGGAAUGUUAAUGACGAUAUCUGUGUCGAUAUGGCAAGAAUCACGUACACAGAAAUUGCCAAUGGAAAUAUGGACGAUGAAUCGGUGUGUCGAGGGCUUCAUUACGCUGCCAGGGAGAUGCGAGACCGUUGGCUUGAAGCAUUAUCAGAGAUCGAGCAUCCCACCGCAACAAACCGCGUAAGGGACAUUAUUCCAAACGAUAUCGAUCUCGCCGGUAACCGGAGUGAAAGGAGGCAAGCGUUGUGGGUUCCUUAUAUUCACUUUGGCGUUUGA